AUGAACCAAGAAAAUGUGAAACCAGCGAAAGAGGCGGCGGAGAGCAUAGCGAAAGGGGGAAAUUGGCCAAGGGCUGGAGUGGGUGGAAAAGCAUUUUGGAGAGGAGGAAGGGGGGCUGGAGUGGGUGGAAAGCAUUUUGGAGAGGGGGAAGGGGGGCUGGAGUGGGUGGAAAGCAUGCAGGAGAGGGGGAAAGGGGGCUGGAGUGGGUGGAAAAGCAUUUUGGAGAGGGGGAAGGGAGGCUGGAGUGGGUGGAAAGCAUUUUGGAGAGGGGGAAUGGGGGCUGGAAUGGGUGGAAAGCAUGCAGGAGAGGGGGAAGGGGGGCUGGAGUGGGUGGAAAGCAUGCAGGAGAGGGGGAAGGGGGGCUGGAGUGAGUGGAAAGCAUGCAGGAGAGUGGGAAGCGGGGCUGGAGUGAGUGGAAAGCAUGCAGGAGAGGGGGAAGGGGGGCUGGAGGGGGCUGGAGUGGGUGGAAAGCAUGCAGGAGAGAGGGAAGGGGGGCUUGAGUGGUUGGAAAGCAUGCAGGAGAGGGGGAAGGGGGGCUGGAGUGAGUGGAAAGCAUGCAGGAGAGGGGGAAGGGGGGCUGGAGUGGGUGGAAAGCAUGCAGGGGGAAGGGGGGCUGGAGUGGGUGGAAAGCAUGCAGGAGAGGGGGAAGGGGGGCUGGAGUGGGUGGAAAGCAUGCAGGAGAGGGGGAAGGGGGGCUGGAGUGGGCGGAAAGGAUGCAGGAGAGGGGGAAGCGCGGCUGGAGUGAGUGGAAAGCAUGCAGGAGAGGGGGAAGGGGGGCUGGAGUGGGUGGAGAGCAUGCAGGAGAGGGGGAAGGGGGGCUGGAGUGGGUGGAAAGCAUGCAGGAGAGGGGGAAACGGGGCUGGAGUGAGUGGAAAGCAUGCAGGAGAGGGGGAAGGGGGGCUGGAGUGGGUGGAAAGCAUGCAGGAGAGGGGGAAGGGGGCCUGGAGUGGGUGGAAAGCAUGCAGGAGAGGGGGAAGGGGGGCUGGAGUGGUUGGAAAGCAUGCAGGAGAGGGGGAAGGGGGGCUGGAGAGAGGGGGAAGGGGGGCUGGAGUGAGUGGAAAGCAUGCAGGAGAGGGGGAAGGGGGGCUGGAGUGGGUGGAAAGCAUGCAGGAGAAUGGGAAGCGGGGCUGGAGUGGGUGGAAAGCAUGCAGGAGAGGGGGAAGGGGAGCUGGAGUGAGUGGAAAGCAUGCAGGAGAGGGGGAAGGGGGGCUGGAGUGGUUGGAAAGCAUGCAGGAGAGGGGGAAGGGGGGCUGGAGUGAGUGGAAAGCAUGCAGGAGAGGGGGAAGGGGGGCUGGAGUGGGUGGAAAGCAUGCAGGAGAGGGGGAAGGGGGGCUGGAGUGA